GCCGCCUGCUCCUCGCCCCCCGCCUUCCCUGAGUCGCGCCCUGGUGUUUCGCUGCCGGCUCUCUGCCGCCAUGGGCUCGGAGAUGGAGCCGCUGCUCCUGGCCUGGAGCUAUUUUAGGCGCAGGAAGUUCCAGCUCUGCGCCGAUCUGUGCACGCAGAUGCUGGAGAAGUCCCCUUAUGACCAGGCAGCCUGGAUUUUAAAAGCACGAGCACUAACUGAAAUGGUGUACGUAGAUGAAAUUGACAUAGAUCAGGAAGGAAUUGCAGAAAUGAUACUGGAUGAAAAUGCUAUUGCUCAGGUUCCACGUCCUGGAACAUCUCUGAAACUCCCUGGAACUAAUCAGACAGGAGGGCCUAGUCCAGCUGUCAGGCCGAUCACUCAAGCUGGAAGACCCAUUACAGGUUUCCUUAGACCCAGCACACAAAGUGGAAGGCCAGGCACUAUGGAACAGGCCAUCAGAACACCCAGAACUGCCUACACAGCUCGCCCUAUCACCAGCUCAUCUGGAAGAUUUGUCAGGCUGGGAACGGCUUCCAUGCUUACAAGUCCUGAUGGACCUUUUAUAAAUUUAUCUAGACUGAAUUUAACAAAAUAUGCCCAGAAACCUAAACUGGCAAAGGCUUUGUUUGAGUAUAUCUUUCAUCAUGAAAAUGAUGUUAAGACUGCUUUGGAUUUGGCUGCCCUUUCCACAGAGCAUUCUCAGUACAAGGACUGGUGGUGGAAAGUGCAGAUUGGAAAAUGUUACUACAGGUUAGGAAUGUAUCGUGAAGCAGAAAAACAAUUUAAAUCAGCCCUGAAGCAGCAGGAAAUGGUAGAUACAUUUCUCUACUUGGCAAAAGUUUACAUCUCAUUGGAUCAACCUGUGACUGCUUUAAAUCUUUUCAAACAAGGCUUAGAUAAGUUUCCAGGAGAAGUAGCCCUACUUUGUGGAAUUGCCAGGAUCUAUGAGGAAAUGAACAAUAUUUCAUCAGCCACUGAAUACUACAAAGAGGUUUUGAAACAGGACAAUUCUAAUGUGGAAGCCAUUGCAUGCAUUGGAAGCAACCAUUUUUACUCUGAUCAACCAGAAGUAGCUCUCCGGUUUUACAGGCGACUCCUGCAGAUGGGUGUUUAUAACUGCCAGCUUUUUAACAACCUGGGGCUCUGUUGCUUCUAUGCCCAGCAGUAUGAUAUGACUCUGACCUCAUUUGAACGUGCCCUUUCUCUGGCUGAAAAUGAAGAAGAGGUAGCUGACGUCUGGUACAACUUGGGACAUGUAGCUGUGGGAAUAGGAGAUACGAAUCUGGCCCAUCAGUGCUUCAGGCUGGCUCUGGUCAACAACAAUAACCACGCAGAGGCCUACAACAACCUGGCCGUGCUGGAGAUGCGGAAGGGCCAUGUCGAACAGGUCUUAGCUUAAUUACCGCCUUUUUAGAAAGACCUGCUUGAACAUCAGUCUAAAGGAGCCCUCAGGUGCUAUCACAUCUCCUACUAUUUUUUUCUUCACAAUACUUAUCAUUUUAUCAGAUAUUUUCAUCUUUAUGUGUAGAAUGUAGAAUGCUAGCUGCAUGAAAGCAGGGACCUUCUCUUGUCUUCUAACUGCUAUAUUUUCAGUAUCGAAAACAUUGCCUGACACUCGGUAGCUGCUUAGUACUGGUGGAAUGAGUGGGUGAUAAAUAAAAUAGGGUAAUAACAGUACUGACCCGAAGGUGUCCUUGUGAAGAUGAGCAAAUUGUGCAUGCAAAGCGCUUGGCAUAGUAAAAGCACAUGAUAGAUGCUUAAUAAAUUGUAUUAUUAUUACUGUUAUUAUUUACAUAACAAGAAGUUUAAAAUGCUGAGUACACUCAUACAAUAUUAAUGGCAAUCAACAUCGAUAGAUAUUACAUUCUCUGUUUUACAGAUGAAGAAACAGACUAGAGGAGGGUAAGUAACUACCCAAGGUCACAGACGCAGUGAGCAGCACGCCAGGAUGUUAACCUCUAGCCUGGUCUCCUAAGCACGUUGAUAAACUUAAUAAAACAAGCAAAGAAACGUCACUGGAUGCUGCCUUUGUUUCACAAAAUUUUCCCAAAGUAAAUAAGAUGGAUUUGUACUUUUUAAACAAAAACUAACUACUCUAAAAUGCGAACUUGUUUUGUCAUAGAACUUUGCCUGUGUCCAUUUGAGGCAAGUGUUUUUUAUGAUUUUCUCUGUUUCCAUGUUGGUGAUUUUCUUUCCCUCCUACUUACUGUAGUUUCUCCAGCAUACAAUUG